AUGGCGCCUCUUUGGUUCCUUUUCUUGCUUAUCGGACACUAUGUUGCAAUGAAAAAGCCUCAUGAGCUGCAUCUGAGUCUUGGCUCCCUUGGAGGUUCGAGUCCAGCUGGAUAUCGAGAGGGCACUUCUCAUUUCUUAAUUGGAACUCAUCAGAUCGAGACCAAAUCAGACUCAGAAUCUUCCAUCAACAUAACCUGUGACACCAAUCGCCUCUUACGCAUCUUGGCUCGCGACAAUGCACCAUACGUGAGUUGCAUUCACGGAUUCGAGAGCCAUUUAGAGUGUUGGUCUGAAGAAUCUUGA